AUGGCCGUGGACUUUGGGGACCACGGGAGCGGCUUCUGCCACAAUGAAGUGAUCAGAUUCAUCAACAAGGAAGUCCUUAUGAACGGCGGUGGCCCGGACUUCUACCUGGCCUUCUGCUCGCGGCCGUGGAACGAAGUGGAGGACCAGCUGCGAGCCAUUGUGGCCGACCCGCAGGUGCCGCGCGCCACCAAGAGGGCCUGUGCCUGGAGCACCCUGGCCUUGAGCGUGCGCUUGGCGGUGCAGCAGCGGGAGCAACAGGGGCGUCGGGUUCGUCGGCUACAGGAGCAGGUGGAGGAGCGCGAGGCAGCCGCCUGGGCCUUGGCCUCCGAGCUGCAGCGGCUGCGCGAAGAGAGAGAGGACGUGGCUGCGCAGCUGCACUACACGAGGGCCGCCCUGCAGCAGGCUUUGAAUGAGCGCGACCUGCUGCGCGGGCAGCUGUUCCAAGCAGGAAGGUCUGUCCUGGUCGCCCCAUUGCCCCAGUAUAUCAUGCCCUGGCCACGAGCCCAGCAGCAUGGGCCUGUGGUGUGGCCCCUGAAUGCAGGAGAGCAUGGAGUGGUGGUGGCCGUGAGGGUGCAGGGAAGGCUUUAUUUGGAAGCCCAGAUGGGAGUCCCGGCAGCAGUGCUUUAUGUGCCAGGACCCCCGGUUCCUUGGGUCCAUGUCAUUCCACCCCCUACGCCAAUGCCAGUGCCAUACCCAUUCCUAGUCCCCCAGCCACUCCCAAUGGGAUUCAUGUAUUUGCCACCUCUACCACCUGUAGUAGUCAUGGAAACAGAAGCAACAGCAGUCCCACUUCAGAUGCCUCCUGGAGGUAUCUACCCACUUUGCCUGUGGAUUGCAGUGGGUUUCCAGGAGGAGGUGGCCCCAUUGUGGUACCAGAGGAGCUAUAGCCAGGAAGAAGGUCCUGUGAUCCCCCAGGGGACAGCCCCUCUGGGGGACAGCAGGAGCCACAGUCAGGAGGAAGGUCCAGUGAGACUUCAGGGGGUCACCCCCCUAGGGACCAACUGGAGCCAGAGCCAGGAAGAAGGUCAAGUGAGGCCCCAGGGGACACCCCACCUGGAGGGUAAUAGGAGACACAGCCAAGAGGAAGGUCCAGAGAGGCCCCAGGGGACAGCUCCCAAGGGAGACAGAAGGAGCCACAUUCAGGAAGAAAGUUCAGAGAGGCCACAGGGGACAGUCCCCUUGGGAGACAGCAGGAACAGGAGCCAGGAAGAAGAUCCAAUAAGGUCCCAGGGAACUGCCUCCUUGGGGGACAGCAGGAGUCACAUCCAGGAAGAAGGUCAAGUGAGUCACCAGGGGACCACACCCUUGGGGGGCAGUAGAAACCACAGCCAGGAGAAAGGUCAAGUGAGGCUCCAGGGAAUGGCCCACUGUGGGACCAGCCGGAGCCACAACCGAAAAGAAGAUCCAGCGAGGUCCCAGGGGACACCUCAUCUGGAGGACAGUAGGAGCCACAGCCAAGAAGAAGGUCAAGUGAGAUCCCAAGUGACGGGCCUAUGGGGGACCAGCUGGAGCCACAUUCAGGAAGAAGGUCCAGAAAGGCCCCAGGGGAUGGCCCCCCUGGGGGACAGCAGGAGCCAUUUUGUAAGAGAAAGCCCCAUAAAACAGCAGCCCCAGGGGCAGAAGGCCAAGUAACCCAAAGGGAAAAAAACCUUGGAAUCCCAGCAACAGGAAAAGCCUGCCUCAGUUUGCAGUCCUGCCAAUUGGGACUGCCCAUGGUGUAAAGCGAUGAAUUUUUCCUGGUGCAUGGCCUGCUAUAAAUGCAAGAAAGUCUAUUCCAGUUGA